AUGAGUAUCCUCACCAAGAAGAUUGAUGAAUCAGGCCAGAAGAAGGAUGAUGAGUUAUCUGAAAUUAAAGGAAUGUUGCAACAACUCAUUGGGGCCAGCGGGAAAAUGGAAGUAAAGGUCCACCAAAUGCAAGAAAAGGUAGUGUCACAUGACUCGGCUAUCAGGGGCAUUGAGAUUCAACUAGGGCAAUUAUCCAUGGCCCUUAACAAUCGUCCUCAAGGGACGUUACCUGCGGACACACAUGUCAAUACAAAAGAGCAGGGACUGAAGCCUCUUAUGGAGGAAAAAGAGGUUGCGGAGGUGACUGAGAAAGUGCAAGAGAAGGUUUUAGAAAAUAUUCCUGAGCAGGAUCUAACUCAAGCUACAGGAAAGAAGCGACCUCCAGCACCCUUCCCGCAGAGGUUGGCCAAAUAUCAGAAGGAUGAGCAGUAUAAAAAAUUCAUGGAAAUGCUGAAGCAAAUUCAGGUAAACAUUUCUCUAAUCGAUGCUUUGAGGGAGAUGCCCGGUUAUGCAAAAAUGAUGAAAGACUUGAUGUCUCGUAAGUUCAACUUCCAAGACUUGACAAUUGUCACAUUGACACAGACUUGUAGUGUUGUUGUGUCAAGACCUAUAGCUGAGAAGUUAUCCGACCCUGUAAGCUUGACAAUUCCAUGCACCAUAGGUAGCUAUACAUUUGCAAAAGCCUUGUGUGAUUUGGAAGCAAGUAUAAAUCUGAUGCCAUUGUCUAUCUAUAAAAAGUUAGGCAUUGGAAGUGCAAGGCCCACAUCCAUGUUACUGGAACUAGCUGAGCGAACGGUGAAAAGGCCAUUGGGUAUACUUGACGAUGUACUUGUGCAAGUUAGAAAAUUCGUGUUUCCAGCAGAUUUUGUCAUUCUGGACGGUAAGGUUGAUAAAGAGAUUCCCAUAAUUUUGGGAAGGUCGUUCUUGGCCACAGGGAAAGCUCUGAUUGAUUGUGAAAUGGGAGAGCUGAAGAUGAGGCUGAAUAAUGAAGAAAUAACAUUUAAUGUGCAAAAGUCUAUGCGGAGACCCAGUGAGUUUGCAAAUUGCUCUUUGUUAGACACGGUGGAUGUAAUCAUAGAGGAAGAUGAUGAGGCACUUAAUGCAAAAGACCCUCUAACAGUAUGCCUUAUGAACUUAGAAGAAGUAAAUGGUGAGGACUUGGUGGAAUGGGUGUUGGAUCUUCAAGGGCAAGGUUACUGGAAAAGAGAGCUCGAAUUUGAGCCUUUACACUCUGAAGAAAGAAAGAACCCUCCAGCCAAGCCAUCGAUCGAAGCACCACCAUAA